GAAGAAGUGAGUAUGGCGCACUCUGAUUCGCUCCUCUGUUAGCGAAUGAAAGAAACUCUUGUACACGUGUGGUCUCUCCAUGUGAGUAGUGCCUGCCUGCUGACUACUAGCUAAACAAAAGAACAUGCUUCGUCGAGAGGUGAGACUGAGGAGGGAGUACCUGUAUAGGAAGGCCCAAGAGGACCGGCUCCGAACAAUAGAGGAGAAAAAACAGAAGCUGAAGGGAGCGCUUGAUGAAAAUUGUCUUCUUCCAACUGAAGUACGCAAAGAUGCCCUGCAGCUACAGAAACUACUGGAGUAUGACGAUGAAGGAGCAGAAGGCGUCAGCUCUCACAUGGAUGAUGAGUAUAAAUGGGCCGGAGUGGAAGAUCCUAAAGUCAUGGUCACUACAUCCAGAGACCCGAGUUCCAGACUCAAAAUGUUUGCCAAGGAAGUGAAGCUGAUGUUCCCUGGAGCUCAGCGCAUGAACAGAGGGAACCAUGAGAUUGCUGCACUGGUGCGAGCCUGCAAAGCCAACAACGUCACGGACCUGGUCAUCAUGCAUGAGACAAGAGGACAGCCAGAUGGCCUGGUGGUGUGCCACUUACCAUUUGGACCCACUGCUUAUUUCACACUUUACAACGUGGUAAUGAGGCACGAUGUUCCAGACAUAGGCACCAUGUCUGAGGCUUACCCCCACCUCAUUUUUCACAACUUCACCUCACAGCUUGGCAAGAGGGUAUCGAAUAUCCUCAAGUAUCUUUUUCCAGUGCCGAAAGAGGACAGUAGGCGUGUAAUCACAUUUUCCAACCAAGAGGACUUCAUCUCUUUCAGACAUCACACCUACAAGAAAACAGACCACAAGAACAUUGAGCUGACAGAAGUAGGACCCAGGUUUGAAAUGAAACUGUACAUGAUCAAACUUGGCACCCUUGAGAACGAGAGCACCGCAGAUGUCGAGUGGCGUCACCACGCGUAUACACACACAGCGAAGAAAAGGAGGUUCCUCAGUGUGCAAUAAGAUAAUAAAGGACCUAAGAAAGCAUAACCGCACUGUCAGAGACAGUGCUCUUUUUUUUGACUGAUAACAGUCUUAAAAUGUGGAGUUUAAUAAAUAAGAAGUGAGGUUUUGUUAAAGUAACCUACCAAAUAAGAAUAGAAGUUCAAGUCAAUUGUUUGAUAUGGUCAACAAUUAUGGGUGUUUGGACUGCAUCACAUACAUCAUUAGUGACAGCAUUUUUAAUAAUAAUAAAGUUUCUGACAAACUCAUUGUUAAAACUAAUGCAUACUACAUUGACUGUAUUAUAACUGUUCAACUGUUUAAUAAUAAAAGUUGUUUUUAAGGA